GUACAUGUUCAGAAGAAACGAUUGGUAUGUUCGUUCGAAUACCUCACCCAAUUGUACUUAAAAAAAAAAAAAUAGUUACGUCAUUCUUACUCUCCUCUCCAAAGCUCUCUUUCCUCUUCAACUCAUCUCUCUAAUCACGCAGCAAGAAAAUGGGCAAUGACGUCCCAUGCCAAUGGGCCGAAGUCGAAAUUUCAAUGAUUGGGCGUGGGCCUCAAAGCCCAAGAAUACCAGACUUCUUGGGCUCCUGAAAAAUGUAAACUGCCCUAAGGCAUAGCAAAGAUUUCAGGGAGAGAGUCAGAGAAGACGCAAACAAGAGCUCCAGUACCAUGUCUUCUGAUCUCGACGGCGGCGGCGACGACGACGACAUAAACCCUAUCUCUCUGAUCCUUCCUGUUGAGGAAGCGGAUAUAAACAAAUUGUCUAUUCGACAUGAUGCUGUAGCAUCAGAAUUGCUCCACCAUUUCCUUACUUCGAUCAACUCUACUCUAUCGAUCAGGCAACUACCUUCCCAAGGACUCUCCUUCCAGCUCUGGCCGGCGGCCACCACCCUCGUCAACCUUCUCGACGACCAUCGCUCUCAUCCUCAAACAAACCCUCUCGCACCCACUCUCACCGCUUUACGCCAAGCUUCAGAAUCUCCAACUCUGAAAGUUCUCGAGAUCGGCUCCGGAACCGGUUUAGUCGGAAUUGCCGCCGCCGCUACAUUCGGAGCAAAAGUGACCAUAACCGAUCUCUCGCACGUGAUCUCCAAUCUCCAAUUCAACGUCGAAGCCAACGCUGGUAUUUUAGCAGCGAACGGCGGUUGCGUUCAGGUGGCGCCGCUUCAUUGGGGAGAAGCCAUUGACGCCGAGCUAAUUCAGCAAGACUUCGACCUUAUAUUGGCUUCGGAUGUUGUGUACCAUGACCAUUUGUACGACCCUCUUAUCCAAACGUUGAAGGGCUUUCUCUUAGGCGGAGGAAACCCCAAAAUGGUGUUUCUAAUGGCCCACUUACGGCGGUGGAAGAAGGACUCGGUCUUCUUCAGGAAAGCAAGAAAGUUGUUUGAAGUGGAGGUUUUACAUACAGAUCCUCCGCCGCCGGGAUCGAGAAUUGGAGUUGUUGUAUACCGUUUUUCUGCCAAGCAGAGUAAGAAGCCGGCCAUUGGUUCAGCUAGACAAGGUUGAAUAUUAAUCUUCUGAAUCCAUUAUCAUUUCCCUUCAAUCCUCUUACUGAUGCUAAGUAAAAUUUGUAUAAGAGAUGAAGAUCAUUUAGUUUUGUUCUCAUUAGCCUAUUAGGAACGCUGAAAUUCUCUCAUUGUUCUCUGCCCAUUGCUUCAAUAUUGCAUCAUUUCAAGCAAAUUCAGGGAAAAUUUCAGUA